GUUGUGCUCAAUGUGCCAUGCUCAAGUCGAAAUCGUUCACUCUCGAAAAACCAAAACACAGUGAGGGUUGGAUUAAGAUUCAGGAGUGGGAUAGACGUUGGAAUAAGAUUCUUUCUAUUGUAUUUGGUGUUUUAACUUUCAUGUUGCUGUUUGCAAUAGUCCUGGCAAAUACAAUGAGCACGGCAGCAGUGCUACCUUCUGCGCCGAACAUCACUACAACGCCCGUUUUAGAGUCUACUACUUCAGACCUUUUCUCAACGAUGGAAACAAGUGAGCUUUCAACUUCAAGUGAACUUGAGAGUACAACUACGGAAGAAACAACUUCAAAUGAAGUAACAGAUGGGAAAAUAAUUCAGCCAACAGAUUAUUACCAUUUCCAUGAUGAUGAUUCAAUUCAGAUUUUAGAUUUUUGCUUUAUGAUUUCCUGCAAUAUUACUUGCACAAAUGGGAGACUUAAUGAUAUAACCAGGAUUAUUGAUAAACUUUAUAGGAGAAGCCGAUGCUGGGCAGUACGUUUAGAGCUCAACCGAUGCAGUUUUUCAAGAAGGAGAGUUGCAAGAAAUUGGCUCACAACAAAGGCCUUCAUCUUAGUGCUUCAAAUAGUUAACACUAAUGUGAGAUAUAUUGAAGAUAAAUCCUUCAGUGCAUCCUGCUUCAAAAAGCUCCAUACUCUGGUCUUGCGAAAUACGGAAAUGCAAUGUAUCACCUCAAAGCAAACUUUUGUUGGUCUGGAAAAUCUUCAGAGACUGGAAUUGAUAAACCUCCCACUUAAAAUGUUCUCGAGUGAAGUGUUUGUUCCAUUUGCUGCAAAACUCUUAGUGUUGGUAUUUGAAGAAAUGCUAACACCUGCCUUUCCUGUGACUAACAUCACAGGAAAAUUUUCUGGUCUUUCAAAUGUGAGCUACUUGAGUCUCAAGUACAAUCAUUUGGGUCCAUUGAAUGAAGACUCAUUCGCAGGACUUGAGAAUGUUGUUGAAAUGGAUUUGAGGGGCUCUGGUAUAGCAGAGAUUGAAAAGAGAACAUUUGACCAUUCGAAACCUCUUAAGCAUUUGUUCCUCAAUGGAAAUUACAUCGAGAGUAUUCCUUUCAGGAUAUUUGAUGUGAUUCUGAAAAAUGAGAAAGCUUUGAUAGAUCUAAGUGGAAAUCCUUUCAUUUGCGAUUGUAGACUGAAACAGCUGCAGAGGUAUUUGGAUGAUCCAAAAACUAGAGGAAAUUUUGUGCUCCCAUUGACAUGCAUCCUGCCAACGGAGUGUUGGGAGGAAUUCGUAGCAGACUGCAAUGUAUGUGGAGAGAAAGGUAAGCCCACCACUUCUACCGAUGGAACCACUGAAAUAUCUCCUUUAUCCCCGAGUGAGAAUAUAACAUCUAUGCCACCACCAACAUCAACAAAACGUCCCCCAGAAAAACCCGAUGACGACGUUGUCACUUGCUUCAACAAGGCAGCCUUCGUAACCCUAAUGGUGAUGUCUCUGCUCCUGAGUGCCACAGUUGGAGCCGUUGGUCUCUUCUGCGCCAUUCGACACUGCCCUUCUCUGAUAAAGCGUGCAAAAUCCACUUUCGUGCCAAAGAAGCCUUCAACUGAGGUUCCAGCCUUCCCAUCAGGAGCUUCAGCUACACCACGUUCUUCCACUUCAAAGCCACCCUUCCUUCGAAGUCUUUCAGAUACAAGUAUCGCCAGCGGCAGGAGUUACGUGUCGGCAAUAAAUCCACCUCAUUUAAGAAACAUUUCCUGGAAUAUGAAUAAGGCAAACUAUAUACACGAUAACUCAAUGUAUUUAGAGGAUAAUUUCUUUGAUCGCCCACCUCCACUUCCACCUCAUCCAAGAAGGAACUCCAGUCUCACAACAGAUGCACCUUCCACAAGGACUACCUGCACGUAUUCCACAAACGAGAAUAUAUAUGAAUUGUAUGAAUAACAUUCCUGACACUUUCACUGUGAGAGAAUAAUUUCGGUCAGGAUUAGAGGAAAGCGGGUCAGUUUUGCAAAUGCAUUGCAUAGUUCUGUAAAAGUGCACCUUUCAGGAUUGAAACUAAAAAUGUACGGAUACAUUGUUUGGUAAAGAGUAAAAGGGCGGACUUUUAAAAAAGUUAAAGAUAAUUUUAUGAAAAAGUAAUUUUAUUUAAUAUUUGCUGCAAUCCAACAAAAUUCUAUUAAACACAAAAUAUUUCAAAUUAAACAUUUCGGAUUCUUAAUAAUCAACUAUCUGAGUGUAAUUUUAAGAAUCGAAAAAAUUGAACGUACGUAAAAUUAUCUUAUUUUAAUUUUGAUAUUGAAAUUAAAAAUAAGAUGUUGAAAGUUCAAAAUAUAAAAAUUUAGAAUGUCAAAUACACUAAUUAUUUUUUUGCUUUUAGAAGAUUAAUGCAUAAAUUGAACUUUAUAAUUCGUACUUUUCCUUUUCUCCCCUAUAUCAAAUUUAUUCGUAGGAUGGUGUGACCUUUUUUAGUCAUGUAGGCACUUUUAGUCGUCUUAAAUAAUGUCGCCAAUCUUAUUUAGGAGGAAUGUAUUGAAACAUGCAUUUUUGCAAAAAAAAAUAUUUUUUCAAUGAGAUCUCAAAAAAUUUUAAGCAAAUCUUUUAAAUAUGAUAGACAAGACACUGCACCAAAGUAUAUCUAUGCUAAAUUUCAUUUUAAUUGAACAAGAAUUUCAAAAUAAAGAAGGUUUCAAACAGUUUUAAAGGCUUAAAGUGGCCAAAAUACUUACUCCAUCCUAUGAUUUUUUAUAUUUUAAUUUAAGAGAUUCAUGUAGUCGCUUUUAUCUGCCAAUACAUAUUACACAAAAUAACUAAUGAAGUUAGAUUAUGAGGUAUUGACUGUUAAAAACGACAAUAUAAAAUUUGUUAUACUUGAAAAUUAAAUAUAUAUUUUAUUAUAAAAUUGAAUUAUCUUAUAUAAUUAGAAAAUAAUCUGCAAAUUCAUCAAUUUUGCUGUGUAUCAUGACAAUGUGUAUGUAGAAUGUUGGUUUUGAAAUAUUUGGCAAAUACACUUUAUUUUGAUUCUAAUCUGCACAAUUGAGAAAAUAGAGUUAAAGAUGAUUUCAUGUAUUUCAAGGUGUCCUAUUUUCGUAUCGUUUGUCUCUUAAAUUAAAUUAGUGUACCUUGAAGAGGGCAUAUAAUGUACAAUUUACUACAAAAUAAAAUCAACAAUAAAGACACGUUUUUAACUAAAA